AUGGCUUCCAACGCAACGCUUCCGGAAUGGUUCGACCCAUUGGAGAGUAUUGUGAGCACUGUCUUCAUGAUGGGUUCAUUUGUAACUAUUAUUCUGUACAUUAUGGAAGUCUUGAUACUUGUUACACUUAGAAAUACUGUAUAUAAAGGAAUGUUUUACCAAAUCUUCACCGUUGGAAUCAUAGUAGAUGUCUUCAGUUUGGUCAAUAAUUAUUUCGGAUGUGUGUUCCCGGCAAAAGGAUAUUUCCAAGAUUUCUAUUUAUCCAUGGGCACGUUCGUCGGUCAAAUGUAUCUGAUGAUUGCGUGGACCGCCCGAGGGAUUCAGGGAUGCACUGUCGUUGCCCUUGCUCUCAAUCGGGCCACCGCUGUUUGCCUUCCUAUCAAACAUAAGCAAGUACGUCGGGACUUUGAAUACGUUCUAUUGUUGAUCUUCAAUCUUAUAUCUGACAGACCAUACAGUGAUGUUAGUUUUAGAUUUGGAACAAACUUCUACUGGAAGUAUGAACGAAAUGGAAUCUACAUCCAAUAUAAAAAUCAAAAUUUUCGACGAGGAUUCUUCAUGUCGGCAUAUGUUAUUGAAACUAUUUUUGUUGCAUGCAUUAUGAUCAUUAAUGUAACAAUGGUGAUUGCAUUCAGAAGUAAAUACAAAGUGCGCCUAUCAACACAACCACAUCUGAACCAAAAAGUGAUGAGUGAAAAACAAAGACAGGAAUACAACCUCAACAUUGUGGCUGGUUUGACAUGUGUCGCAGAAAUCGUUUAUUACUGCUAUGUUAUCUACGUAUUUGGAAUCAAUACGAGUGUUCCAACACGGGUGUUCUAUCUACUCUACGAUGUUAUCAAUGACAUUUAUUGCGGGUUGUCAGGCUGGCUAUUGUUGAUAUACUCACGGUCCAUGAGGGCGCAUGUGACAAAAAUGAUGAGGUACUUGAAGGCAAAUUACUUCCGUAAAACAUUGUUAUUCUUAAGAUGCCCCAUGUUUGGCUUCCGUCGGAUGCGAAUAAUGAUUCCACCGGAACAACAAUUCGCAUCAUCCACCAAUGUCGAGAGGGAUAAAAAUACUUCGAAUAGAAGGGUUCCAACAUGUGGAACUCCUUGUUAG